AUGUCCACUUCUGCAACAACAAAUGUUUCCUACACUCUUCCUGCAUAUGAUAUAGUAAAAGAUUGGGAUACAAGUACUCUUAUUGGUUUUUUACGUGAGAAAAUAAAGAAUUAUGAUCAAUACAUAGAUAUCCUUGAGAAAGUUCUUACUAAUUAUCCGUUCAAUCUGCCAUAUGGUGUAGCAGUGAAAAUCGCAGAAUGGGUUAAAAGACUUGAUAAAGAGCAAGAACUAACUGAAGAAAUUCCUGGCGUGCUUAUUAAAUUUCUUCAGAAUGCUUCCAGUAUAACAGAAGAAAACAAUGUCAUUAGUCUAGCGCAAGAAUCUUUUUUUCUCAGCAGGCGACUAAAACUUUAUAUCCGACCCUGCUGGCAUCAACUUCUUCAACUUGUGUUAAAUUGUGGGAGACCUCGUGUCUAUAUUGGUGGGACUCCUGGUUGUAGCAAAACAUGCUUUGGAGACUUUCUUAUUACUGAAUUGAUCAAGAGAAACUAUACAGUUGUCAUUCAAACUGUUCGUAAACCAAAUCUCCUAUACAUUUGUCAAAAUGGAAGAGCUAUCUCAUGUGAUGUUGGUAAAUCUUCAAUCGAAGCAUUAGAAAAUUUGAACAAUUGGUACAUCUGUGAUGGAGUAAAACCAUGUUAUGCAAAUGCGAGAUCGGUUCUAAUUUCUUCCCCUUGGGAAGACAUCAGAAAAGAAUUUAUGAAAUGGGAUGAUGACCCAAGGAAAGAUUUGCCAAGCUUACCUGAAUGCUUCUAUAUGCCAACAUGGUCAUUUGCUGAAUUAAUGGAUUGUCGUGAACGAUGCUAUCCAAAUCUAAGUAUAAACAGUCUUCGUUCAUUAUUUACAAAGUGGGGAGGUGUUCCUCGAUUUGUCUUUGCAGAAGAUCAGUCAGAUUAUGAGCUCAAUAUGGCAAUUUCUCAAACUAAUUGGAAGUUGGUCAAAGAAUAUGUUGGCAAAAUUGAUUGCCCUUCGGAAAUUGCCCACAAGGUUGUGCACUUUUCUGUCUCAGAUGAUUUAAAACAAUAUCAUGUCAUUUUUGCUUCACUUGAGAGUAGUGAAGAACCUGAAGAAGAAACUACAUUGAAUUUGGACCCUUCUAAUGGAUUAGAGAUUUUUUAUGAUACCAAGGAGCUAACCAAACAAAAAAUAUACUAUGUUCCAUAUGCCAAAAAUUUUGCGGCUAUCGAUUCAAUUCAAUUAUUCGAUAAUGGUCCUGAUCAUUUGUACCAGUCCACUGUAUCUGAACAUCACAACGUAAAGAACUCUGUGCGCUCUGCUAUCCGCUCCAGUAAACAAAUUCAUUUCUAUUUUGUUGUACCAAAGGAGGUCUUUCCACGUUUCAAGUAUAAUCAGAAUUUUCUUAAUGAAAAUGGUACACCAUAUUGCAACCAACCUGGAUGGUUGUGCAAAAUUACACAAUUUGUCUUAGAGAUAGAUUGGGAUGCAUACAUUGCUUUGGCACAACGAUCAAAACAAUUAUAUCGUUUACGUAUAAGAAUUUUGUUUGAAGAAGCCGAGGAUCGUUUUUUGUUUCAUGGAGCAGGUGACAUGAACCUGACGGAAUUUAAAAUGCAAGUGAUCGAAUAUUGCUUGCGAAGAAAUGAAGGAGUUACAAGAGAUAUGAUGGAUGAUGUCAUAUUAGUUACCGAGGAUGGUAACGAGGUUACAAGAUUUGCCAAUGAAACAAGUUGGCUUAAGUUGAAGGAUUCAUUUAGGAAUAAUGAACCUAUUGUAUUUGUAACGAAACAAUCAAAUAGUAUUUUAUAUACAUAUGAUAAAGAUCUAUAUCAAGACAGUCCGUUUUCAGAAUUAAACGUACAUGGAAAACGAACACAUGACAAUGUUGAUGACGAUUGUACACCACAAUACUAUAUAAGAAACAAAAAAUUUAGAUCAUCACAAAUUUUCAAAUCAUUUGCUAGCAAAGAAGCAAGCUCUUCAACUAAAGCAAUACUUGUCAACACCAAGAAAAGACGUGGAAAAUCAUCCAUGAAAGAUAACUUGAAUACUGUUAAAGAAUUAGAAGCAAUAUUCCAAAAAAUAUUAAAUAUAUUAAAGGAAGAGUUGAAAAAUCCAUUUCACUUUUAUGAAAUAGACAUGAGCUUGUUUAAACAAUUGAUAAAUAACAUAAAUAACAUUAAAAAUGUUUCAAGUGAAUUACAAGAUUUUCAAGAAAUCAAUAAAUCUUCCAUUGAAGUUUUAAGUUACUUAAUAAUGAUAGCAAUUGAUAAUAAAGGCUCAUUAAAACAUUACAAUGGAUACGAUAAUGGGAAAGUAGAAGAUAAUGAUGAAUGUGAAAAACUUUUGAUCGAGGCAUUGUCACAAAUCGAUAAUUCUAUUCAACAAGAUGACGGAGUUAGGGUUAUCUUGGGUAAAAGUUACUUGAAACUUUUUAUUGAAAUUUUAUUAAAUUUGUCGUUGUCUAUCGAUGUUAGGAAAGCGACGGGUAAUGUUAUUAAUGACUUGUUAACGGGAUGUAAAGAAAAUAAAAAACUUCUAAAUCAAGAAAAUUUCUUUGAUAUUCCAAAACUAGCAUCUUCGAUGAUUUUUGCAUCAGUUUCUGAAGACAGAUUGACAUUUGCGGCCAAAGUAUUUGUAAACUACAACAAACUGAUUAAUAAAUUCUUGAAUAUAAAGGCGAAUGAUUUUGAAGAAGAUACACGUAAAUUCUUGAAUGAAGUAAAUUCUUCUAAUGAUGGAGUUACUAGAACACCUAAAACAUUUAAAGUAUCAAAUAUUAAAUAUAAUAGCACAAAACUUUUAUGUCCCGAAGGAAAAAAUUAUUUUUAUGUGGAUUUUAAUAAAUGGUCAAUUUCUUUAAAUAUCAAAUCAUUAGAGUUCAAUGAAUCCGUCGAAAAUGAAACCAUUGAUAUUAAAUUUUCAAAGAUUUCAUCAUGGACUUUUGAAAAAAAUUUAAAAGAAUCAAUUCUGAUUUUAUGUCUUAAUGAACCUUUAAAAUUGGGCAAACGUGUUUCUUCGAAUUCAUUAAAAAACAAAUCACCAUCAAUCUACAUAACUUUUAAAGAUGAUUAUAAAAUCACCACCACAGAUGAUGAAUUGGAUUUAAAAUAUAUAUUAUCAAUCAUUUUUUUAAAUCAUAGAAUACCUGAAAAUAUAAAUGAUGCCACAAGUGAAUCAAAUUAUGGAAAAAGUUUAGUCGAAAAGAUUGAAAGAAGAUUCGAUAACAGAACUAAUACAAUUGAUAAUAAUAAUCGUCGAUGUACUUUUCCACCUCCAUGGAAACAGCGAGCCAAACCUUUAAAUUUAUCAGCUUCUAAACAAAAACAAGCUGUUGAUUUAAUAGCAUCAAAUUUCAUAGAUAAUAGCAGUAUGAAUGUCGUUUCUAAUAAUGGUAAUGGCAUGAUUGGAAUUAAUACUGAUAUUAUUGUUGUUGAUGACGAUGAACCACCAAAAAUUACAAGAAAAAAUUCAUCUUUUUUAAAACGUUUAAAAGAAGCAUCGAAAGAAUCUUCUGCAACAUACCAAUCAUACCAAUCAUAUCAUCAUAUCGACAACAAAUUUAUCAAUAAAACCGAUAUUAAUCGCAUGAGCAAUAAUAAUGUUAAUAGUAAUAUUAACAAGAGAAAAAUACAAAAUUAUAUUGAUGAAGAUAUCGAAGAUUCCAUUUUCAAUAAAAGAGAAGAAACUUAUUCUGAUAAGAAAAAAUCGUUGGGGAAAUUUUCAAGCUUUAAUAGUAGGAAAGCAAGUUCAUCAAAGAUCAAAGAUGCAAAUGCCGAUUUUUGGAACCCAAGAAAUGAACCAUCAAAUUACUUACAACAACAACAACCAAACGAAUACUGUUAUACUUGUACUCAAACAGAAGAAAGUUUAGAUGAAGAAAUAAGAACAUUAUUACUAGCUAUUGGCGAUACAUUCUUUAAAAAAUUUCGAAGAGAAGAUAACUCUAUAUUUAAAGCUUCACAAGAGGCGAUAAAGAAAAGUGAAGAUGAAUUUGAACAAUCAAUUCAAAAGCAAUUUCAACGAAAACGAGAUCUCUUUGAAUAUUAUAUAAAAACCUACAAAUCGAUCAGCGAAGAAACCCAAAAGUUUAUAGACGAAUUAAAAAAUGAUAAAAGUACGGAAGAAAUGGAUCAAACUAUAAUUGAAAUGGAGCAGAUUGAAGCUGAUGAUUAA